CGCACCGGGCCAAGGCCGGGCCGGGCCGGGCCGGCGGCGAGGACAGCGGGGGCCGCGGGCGGCGGCGGCGGCUCAUGCCCGGCCUGUCCCCGCGCGGGGCGGGCACCGUGACUUGGCUGGGCCCUCAGCGGCGGGCGAUGUGAAGAUGUCAGUGGGCUGUGCCUGUCCUGGCCUCACCCCUGCCAGGGCCCCUCUGGGCUCCCAGCCGCUCCCCGCACCUCUCCUGGCCCCCUCAGUUCUCCCAGGUUGUUCCUCAAAGUCAUUCAAGCUGUACUCGCCCAAGGAGCCCCCGAACGGCAACGCCUUCCCCCCCUUCCAUCCCGGCACCAUGCUAGAUCGGGAUGUGGGCCCAACUCCCAUGUACCCGCCUACCUACCUGGAGCCUGGGAUUGGGAGGCACACACCAUAUGGCAACCAAACUGACUACAGGAUAUUCGAGCUUAACAAACGGCUUCAAAACUGGACAGAGGAGUGUGACAAUCUCUGGUGGGAUGCUUUCACAACUGAGUUCUUUGAGGAUGAUGCCAUGUUAACCAUCACUUUCUGCCUGGAAGAUGGACCAAAGAGAUAUACCAUUGGCCGGACCCUGAUCCCACGCUACUUCCGCAGCAUCUUUGAGGGGGGUGCUACGGAGCUCUAUUAUGUACUUAAGCACCCCAAGGAGGCAUUCCACAGCAACUUUGUUUCCCUCGACUGUGACCAGGGCAGCAUGGUGACCCAGCAUGGCAAACCUAUGUUUACCCAGGUUUGUGUGGAGGGCCGGUUGUACCUGGAGUUCAUGUUUGAUGACAUGAUGCGGAUAAAGACGUGGCACUUCAGCAUCCGACAGCACCGAGAGCUCAUCCCCCGCAGCAUCCUUGCCAUGCAUGCCCAGGACCCCCAGAUGUUGGAUCAGCUCUCCAAAAACAUCACCCGGUGUGGGCUGUCCAAUUCCACUCUCAACUACCUCCGACUCUGUGUGAUACUCGAGCCCAUGCAGGAACUCAUGUCCCGCCACAAGACCUACAGCCUCAGCCCCCGUGACUGUCUCAAGACCUGCCUCUUCCAGAAGUGGCAGCGCAUGGUAGCACCCCCUGCGGAGCCUGCACGGCAGCAGCCCAGCAAACGGCGGAAAAGGAAGAUGUCAGGGGGCAGCACCAUGAGCUCGGGGGGCGGCAACACCAACAACAGCAACAGCAAGAAGAAAAGCCCAGCCAGCACCUUCGCCCUCUCCAGCCAGGUACCUGAUGUGAUGGUGGUGGGGGAGCCCACCCUGAUGGGCGGGGAGUUCGGGGACGAGGACGAGAGGCUCAUCACCCGGCUGGAGAACACCCAGUUUGACGCGGCCAACGGCAUUGACGACGAGGACAGCUUUAACAACUCCCCUGCCCUGGGCGCCAACAGCCCCUGGAACAGCAAGCCUCCGUCCAGCCAAGAGAGCAAAUCGGAGAACCCCACGUCACAGGCCUCCCAGUAGAGGCCUUGCCACGGCCACCGCCACCCAGCGCUCUGCCUGUCUGCCCCACCCCUCGAAGCCCCAGGGAGCAGAAGACAGAAUGAAGAGACUGAGCAUCUAAAAUGGGCAGCCUCAUCCACCCGCUUCAGGGAGGAACUGGACUCACUGGGGGCAGGUGCCAAGAUUUGCCCCCCAGUGGCCCUGGGCUGGGGCUGGCCUCUGCAGAGCCUUUUGGGGGAAGGGGGUACUCAUGUGGAUGCCUAUGUGGACCCUGGGCCUCUGAGAAAUGUCCUGACCACCUCCCAGGGCAUUUGCCUCCAUCCUCACCCCAGGUUCUGGGUUCCCCCAUCCUCCUGACUCCACCCUCUUCAAGCCUGGGGUUGUCUAUGCCCACAGCCCUUAGGGACUUAAAAGUUAUGGGGCUUGGUUGAAUGCCCCUCCUCCAAACCCUCCCCUUAGGUGGCUGGUAGUAGAGGGGUAAAGCUCUGGGCUCCUCCUUUCUGCCACCUGUCCCAGCUCCAAGUUUUUAAAAAAAUAAUAUUAUUAAAAAUGUAAGUUUAAAAAAAAAUCACUCACGUCCCCUAUUUCCCCUUAUUAAAGGUCCAGCUACCUCCCUACGCCUGGCAGAUGGGGAGCUUAGGGCCCAUGUGGAGGUAGGGGGGUAUGCAUUACCAUUUUAUACAGUUUGAGAGCUUCAGACCAAGGAGACUUUGCCAUCUCUCUUCCCUUUUCCUCUGGGGUGACUGGAGUUGGGGAAGGCAUGCCAUGAGGGCAGGACGCCAUUGAUGGCCUCACUUUUGUGACAGCCCCCUGCUGUUGUCUCUGUCUCCCCAUCCUCUAGGACUCUGGCCUGCCCUCCUAGUGCUUGUGACUCCUCCUAUCCCAGCCCCCAACCCCCUCCCUCCACGGUGUGUAUAUUCUUUACAAGUCCUCCACUAGAGCAGCUGUCUUGGAUGGGGGGAGGGGGAGGCUCCCUCCCUUAGGGAGUGUGGAGGGAAGGGAGCAGCCUUGUUUGUCACUGUGUUUUUUGUUUUGUCUCAGUUGGGCAGGCAUGGGUGGAGGAGGGGUUCAUCCACUCUCCAGUACUCUCUUUCCCCAACCCCUCAGACUGCAUAUCUAGUCCUCCCCUGCCCUUCAAGGAUGGGUAGAAGCCACUGAGGGUGUCCCAGCUCUGAGCCCACCAGGGAGCAAUAGGCUUUUGUCCUCCAGCUGAAGUAAAGGCUCUUCAUCUCCCAAUAUCUCCUCUCUCCCCUUCUUCAUAGAAGGACAGGGGAGGCAGCCAGGAUCCUCAGCUCUGUUUCACAAUUGGACAUGUGGAGGCUCCAGGCCCAGGGUGAGGCCGAGAGCAGGGUCUCAUGAGUCUGGGCCCAGCUCUGUGGCUUCGCUGCCUUCUCCUGUGGCCAGUUCCAGAAGUGUUAGCACCACCUCUCUCUCCACUCUUCCUUCUGGAUUCUGGGGUCCCCCACAUCCUGUUUCCUCUACUCCAGCUGCCACUUUUGGAAGGGUAUUGUGUCAGGAGCUGAGGGAAGGGGUAGGGAAGGUGGAUGUCCCACCCUGCCUGCUGUAAUGCCUUUUUUUUUUUUUUUUUUUUUUUUUUUUGGGCCAUUUGAGUCAUGUAUGGUACCGAUCAAUAAAGAGACUUUUUGGUUUGAGA